AUGGCGGAAGGUUGGCAGGUGCAUCAAAACCCGAGAAGUUUCAAGGCAAGAACCAGGGCAGGGAAGGCUGGCCUCCCUAGAACUGUAAAGACACCUUCGCCGGAAGAGACUAUGCGAGCGGUGAAAUGGCGAACAGAUUGGCGUCCUAACCAAAAUAAACGCUUGCGUUCUUCUAUAGAAGUUGGAAGCCUGGAGGAACAACCGCUUAAGAGACUACGACAUAAAACCAAGAACCAAUGGCGAUUCUGGCUCCCUCAUUCGUCGGAGAUGGAAGGGGAAGAACCACUUCGAGCCCCGUUCGCGGGAGGAAACUCGUCGGAACAAAUACCUAAUUGUGAACAACUGGCACCAGAUGCUGGCCUUGAUCGGCUACUGGCAGUCGGAGAGGGGAUUUUCCCCAAGAAAUUAGACAGGGCAGACAAUCAAUUUGAUCAAGCUGAUCAGAUUCCCUCGGGAGGUGAUUGCCCCUGUGUGCGGCUGGAGGAGGAAAGGGUGGCUGCCCAGAACGAGCCCUCCAUGGCAAGCUCCGCCGCGGAGCAGAAGAGUGAUGGGGUGGCGGCCGCCGCGCUUCUUUGCCAGCGGAUGUGGAGGCACGAUGCUAGGGCGAUUAGGAUAGGUUCGAAUCAACCGACCCCUCUUCUGUUGUGCGGGAUCUUCGGGAGAGAUAUCCGGAGAAAUUUGCUAAGACAUCCUAAGCGGCAUAGGUCUCCGAAAUCAAGUGGAAUUCGAAUUCCAAAUAAUCACUGGGAAGCCCGUCUCUGCCUGGGACACUCGGACUAUUCAGUCUAUAAAAACAGAGGGCUGAAGUCUACCAGGCCACCAAAUCUUGAGCGGUGGUGUGCGAGUUUUUCACAAACCCAACCGACCGUCACGGCGGCUCACUUGUCCCGGCGGCGACGGAAGCUGCAGAGCGGUGGGUUUUGGCCUUCGGGCUAA